CGGCGCCGGCGGUUGGCGAUGCGGACCGAGUAGAGAGAGGGGAGGCGGGCAGACCGAGGGAUGGCGGCCGCCGCCUGACACGGCCACGGGGGAUGACAGCAACACCUGUGGAGUCAACCUAGUCUUCAUCCAUGGCGAAUGUGAAAGUGGCCGUGAGGGUCCGUCCGCUGAGCAAGAGAGAAUGUGCAGAAGGCUCAAGUAUAAUUGUGAAGGUGGAUGACAAAAUUGCCAGCAUCAGAAAUGUCAGGUUGGACCCACGGGUUGAUAGCCCUGGCGAUUCAAGGCAGCGUAAUAUGGAGUUUAGCUUUGAUUACUGUUACUGGUCAGUGGAUUCUGACUCUGCUAAUUUUGCACCUCAGGAACUGGUGUACCAGGAUCUUGGCACUUCAGUGCUUUCAGGAGCCAUUGAGGGUUACAAUGUCUGCUUGUUUGCCUAUGGGCAAACUGGCUCAGGAAAAACGUACACUAUGAUGGGAACACCAGCAGCAAUCGGACUGACGCCAAGGAUAUGCGAGGGUCUCUUUUCCAGGGUUGAUGACUACCAAGAGAAGCCAGCAUCAUGUAGCAUAGAAGUUAGCUUUCUGGAAAUCUACAAUGAGCGUGUUCGUGAUCUUCUGAAACGAUGUGAUGGAAACAAGCCGUACACCCUUCGUGUGCGUGAACACCCAGAAAAAGGCCCCUAUGUAGAAGGAUUAUCUCAGCACUUGGUUUCAGACUACAAGCAACUUGUACAGCUUUUGGAAGAAGGGAUUGCAAACAGAAUCACUGCUGCUACCCAUGUCCAUGAUGCCAGCAGCAGAUCUCACGCCAUCUUUACCAUCCAUUACACCCAGGCAACACUGGAGAAUAACCUUCCAUCAGAAAUAGUUAGCAAAAUCAAUCUUGUUGACUUGGCAGGGAGUGAAAGAGCAGAUCCAAAUUACUCCAAAGACAGGAUGACAGAAGGAUCAAACAUUAACAAGUCACUGGUUACUCUGGGAAUAGUUAUCUCCACUUUAGCACAAAAUUCCCAGAUAUCCAGCAGCUGUCAGAGUAUAAAUACUGUAAUAAGUGAAGGAGAUAGUGGAAGCCAUUCCAGUGCAUCUUCAGGAAACUGCAGACGCCAGUAUUAUGUUCCUUACCGUGACUCUGUCCUUACCUGGCUUCUCAAGGACAGCCUUGGAGGGAAUUCUAAAACCAUCAUGAUUGCAACAAUCUCACCUGCAAGCACCAGUUAUACGGAAACCAUCAGCACCUUAAGAUAUGCAGCACAUGCCAAGAAUAUCCUCAAUAAACCGCAUGUGAAUGAGGAUGCUAAUGUAAAGCUGAUUCGUGAACUGCGGGAGGAAAUCAACAGAUUAAAAACUAUGCUGAUGAGUUUUGGUUUGAGAAACUUGAGUCCUUUAAGUGAUGAAAAUGAUGAGAAAGAUGGAAACCUGACAGAUCUGCUACUUCAAAAUGAACUGAAGGUGGACCAGCUUACCAAAGAUUGGACAGACAGAUGGAAAGACACAAAAGCAAUCAUGGAGGAAUAUUACGUGGACAUUAACAGAGGGAAAACAGGAGUAAUUGUUGCCUCGCAGUUACCUCAUUUAAUAGCAGUGGAUGAGGAUAUAUUAAGUACAGGUGUUUCUCUUUAUUAUCUCAGGGAAGGAAUAACAAAGAUUGGGAGGAUCGAUGCUGAAGCUGAGCAAGACAUUGUUCUGCAGGGUCCGUGGGUGGAGAAGGAACAUUGUACCGUUCACAAUGAUAAUGGCAUAGUGACACUUGCACCAAUUGGAGGAUCACAUUGCAUUGUAAAUGAAAUGGAUGUUAUCCAUUCAUGCCGUUUGUCACAAGGUGCUGUUAUUGGACUGGGAAAAGUGCACAAGUUCAGGUUUAAUCAUCCAACUGAAGCUGCAAAGUUGAAACAAAGGAGAGCUAGUAGCAAUGUAUCUCUGGCAAGCAGUGGUUCUUGUGAAUGGCUGGAAUUGGAUGGAGAAUUCAACUUUUCCCCACCUUAUGUCUUAUCUCCACUCAUGCAAGCAAGCUUGGAAGAUGACAGAGAGAAAGAUGAAGACAUGGAGAUAAGUGAAACUAGGAGGCAGCUGAGGGAACUGCAGCAGGGUUGCCAGAGCAAGCAGCAGGAGUACGAGGAAUACAAACAGAAGCUGAGGGGAUUGGAAAUAUUCUACCAAGAACAAAUACGCCAGCAACAAUGCUACAUUGAGGAACUGCGCCAACGCAUUCAAGCAACGCAGUCAACAGCAGAACAAGAGCUUACAGACGAUCAGGAGCAGCUGAAGCUGCGGAUUGAGGAAAACAAGCAACAUCUAGCAAAUGAAGAAAACCGCUUGGUUUGCCUGGAACAGCAGAGACAAGAGCUGGGGACACAGACUGACUCGGCAUCAUUUGCUGAGUGUGGAGUCCAGAUCUGUUUGCAAAUGGAAGAGAUUCCUUUAAUUGAGCAGGACCGAAAGCGAUUGAUGCAGCUGGAGCUUCUGCAAAGGCUCUCAUUGAGGAAAGCUGAGCGAAGUAUCCGCAAGAAGAGAGUCAAGUAUCAGCUGGAGAGAAUCGCUGAGAAGCACAAGCUUUUAGAGGCAAAGACAAAAUUGCGACACUUGGAAGCUGCAAGUUUACUCAGCAGGAAGCAAUGUGGACAAUCGACAGUGGGCAAAGCCAGCACUUUACAAUCUGGCGUGAAUCCUAAACUGACAAGGUGGAGCAAAUCAUUCCCUCCAAGCUCCUUACCCACGAGAAGACGUUCAUUAUCCAUUCCCUCUCUCACUAGGAGACAUUCAGAUUCAAGUGACCGGGUAUCACACAUGUACCCACAGUAUGCACCAUUUUACAGUGAUUUCCUGAAGACAAAAAGUUUGGCUACCUCAACUCAAAUGAAGAAGAUUCACCGCAAAGCACAGAAAUCUCUUUCUGUGGGAUCUUUACCCAAAAUGGCAUUCCCCAUGACAAGGAAGCAAGCUUUAAAAGGGGGGAGUAAAAUAAUUUCACCGGUUUGGAACCAAUUACAACAGAAAUGCAAAGGUGCUGAGCACGAGGACGUCAGAGCUGUAAAGCCGUUAAUUAAAAACAGCCCAGGGCAGUCAAAAACAAUUGAAAUCGGCAGCGACCAGCCAGAGGUCCAAGUCAGUAUUGUCUUUGAGACUACGAUGCGAAGGUCAGAGUGGAUGGCAUGUUCAGGAGAUGGCCAAAGAAUCUCAGAUAAGAUGCUUGAAUUAACAGAUGAGGAUGUGAAGAAGGAUGUCUCAUGGAAAUGUGCACUUGAGAGCACUGGUAAUAGUUCAUCACCCACAACCGUGUGUAAUAGGACACCAGCCAAGCAAUUGUUCAGAACUAAAAGUUUCUGUACAGUGAACGGGGGCCAGCAUCCCAUCCAGGGGGCUUCAAUGGUCGACCUUGCCCAACAUUGGGAAAAUGUGCCUCUCCUUUGCAAUGCUAGGAAGUGGAAUAGCGUUGAAAUACUGAAUGCCAAUGUCACGGCAGUUUCUGAUGAUUCACCAAGGGACUGGUUGGGAGAGGAGGAGCCGUCAGACAAUGAUAGCUUGUACUCUGUGGACUCUCUCUCAGCCGCAUAUGCAAAGGCUAUAACGGAGCAGUUACAGAAAGAGGAAACAGAGGAACAGCAAUCCAAACAGCAGGCGAACUGUUGUGAAAGUGAUGAUAGUGAAAUGUCCCAGGAUUCACUGGCAGGCUCACCUGAUGCAUUCCAAGGCAGUGCACACUGUGUUGGGGCACCCUUAUCUCACAUAAAGACAUCAAGCCACACACUUGCAAGCAGAGGGAAAAGUGUUUCUGUGGACAGCCUCACUGAUAUGGGUGAAGCUGGUGUUCUUUUUGCGAUGGAUUCACCUGGGUUAACAGCUUCUGACGAAAUGCCAGCAGAGAGAUACUGGAAUCUACCCUGGAAUGAAGUUGAUGAAAAAGAAACCUCUCAGAAUAAUGAAGUGCUGAUUGAAGAAAAGGACAGUGUUGGGGCUCUGAGAUUAAACGAGCAGAGUUUUAAUUUGGGCAGUAACACAAAGUUGAAGGUCAUGACCUUAGAUAACAAUACACAUUUGGAAAAUUUGAAACCUAAUAGAAAUGACAUGGAUCCUCUGAUCAUGGCGACUGCUUGGUCAUUCUGUGAGUCUAGUUCCAAGACUAAUGUAGAGACUGUUUCAUCUGAUGCUUCAGUUCUGGCAGUCUCAUCAGUUGAAACUGAUUGCUAUGGAAAAGCAGGUACUGAAUUAAUGAAAGCAUCUGAAGCAAGUCAGAUCCCCCCUGUGUUUAAUUGUGAUCUAUUCCAGCCUAAUGUCGUGUAUAACUUGCACAUGCCAACUGUGCCUGCAACUUGUAGAGAGAAUCAUACACCACGGGCUGAGAACAAUCAAGGCAUGUUGGAUAGGGAAGAGGAUUCAGCUCAAACGCAGGAAAUCUUCCUCAGUCCAUGUGCAACUGUUGGAGAAACAGUGCAAAACUCACCACGUGCUGAUCAUAACAUGGCUUAUGUUACUGGAGUGCUUUCAACUGCAGAAAUGAACACCAAACAUUUAUUGACAAGUAUUUCAGCAGGAAUAUCCAAUUCGUCAGACAGUGUAUAUUCUGCACAACACUCCAGUUCACUAAUGGAAUCUGAAGAAUUUAUACUGUCGUCCACAUGCAGUUCCACAACAUGUUUGAAACCUAAAACCUUUAGUACAAAUGCUGAUAUUGCCAUGAAGGGCGCUGAUUCAGAAUUGGAGGUAACAGAAAGACAAUGCAAGGUUACAGAACCAGAAAGAAGCUGCAGACUAUCCCAACACAAUCAGUUGAGAGACAGUGACUAUCACAAAAAUGAUCAAAUACAUGGCAGUGCCUCCGAGAUGAAAGCAGCCAAGCUCAAUACCUCAUGCAACUUUGAGAAGAAAUCCUUUUCUGAAACUGAACAAUUUAUUUCACCUGGAGAAGAGUUACAUUGCCAUAGGCAAUCAAACAAUGAGACUGAAUCGUAUCGAGUUACUAAACCUUUAUUACAGCAACUUGAUCCCAUAAUGUUGGAAAAAUAUGCUACAAAUGUGGAAAAAGACCCAGGCACCCAAGGAAUAUCUUCCAAUGAUAGAUGGUCCUCUUUUACCAGAGAAAAUAAUGACUUAGACAAUAAUUUGUCUGUGGAGACAGAGAUUCUGGGACCGUUAACACAAAAUUUAACCAGAUCAGUGUUGGGAAGUGUGUUGCAAGGCAAUGGUUGUGAUAGCGUUCACUCAGUUUCAAUGAAGAAUGGAAUGAGUCAAACAGAAGAAUCCUCGUCAGAACAUGAAGCUGGAAAACAUUUUGUAAUGUGGCAGCAUCCGGUUGCAGGAUGCACUGCAACUAAAGGCAGCGAAGGGUAUCCAUUUACCAAGUUUAUAAUGGAGCAACAGUCUGUUGCUCAAACUAAUAUUUUGAUGAAUGAUGACAAAUAUACUUCAACAGAUGCUUUCAUGUACAGCCAAAUGGAUUCUGAAACCAAGUUCAGUGAACUCAGAACCCUUGAUGCAUAUUUGUGCAUGAAGGAUAGCACAGUUUGUUCUAAAGAUGCCCAGUUAAGAACCAGUGAGCCACAGGUCCAAAGUGUAAUAUCUGAUGAAACGGAAGACUUUGUAUUGAAAGACCAAACUACUGAGAAUGCACUGAGUGCUAUUUUAAACAAUCCUGACAUUGAAGACUGCUUGAACAAUGAAAGCACACUGUUUUUUGGUGGUUCACAGGAGCAGAAAGGCAUCUUACCCAGAGAAAAAGGCAAUAUUUUAAAUGUGCCUGUUUCUGGACAAAAUGCUGCCAGUUGUGUUAGUAAGCAGCCUGCAGAAGGUGCUGUUGAAAGCGGGAUUUGGAAUAGAUUUCAUCAGGAUUCUAAUAUGCUGGCAAACUCAAACAAACAUACAAACAAACUCAACUUUUCUGAUGCAUCUGUUUCAAGAGGUCACCUCCUGCAGACCUUUAUCAAAAAGACUGAACAGAUUAAGAAACAAGGUGAGAGUGGGUUUGAAAUAUUAUUGUGUUCCAACACACAAAGAAGUCCAGUGACAAAGAACAUAGUGCACCGGAUGGAAUUAGUCAAUCCACAGGUAACCGGACUUGGAUUCCAAACUGAAAUUGACAGAUCUACUCCUAAUAAAGAACAAGGUAUUGACCAAAAUAAUAUUGCUACUGAGUUAAGAUUACAAGAACCCAACAGAAGUGCAGAAAGGUUCAUAGAUGAUAAUGCCUCUUGUCCUGUGUCUUUCCCAUGUGGGUUUGAAGACUCUGGCACAAUUAGUGUUGGCAAGGAUAAUGCUAGUCCAGCAAAAAGCAUCAAGAUAAAAAAUAAUGCACCUCCAGGAGGCAUAUCUAAAAUUGAUCCUGGUCUUCCCCUAGGCUUGAUAGAAAAAUCAUUAACUGUGGAGAGUGAUGAAGGUACAUCUAAAAUUGCUUCUAGUCUUUCUGAAGAAUUCUUGGCAAGUUCAGUAACUGUGAGAAGCAUUGGCUUUUAUAGGGAGUCGAAAAAAUGUGAGGUCACCAUUGAAGAGCACACUGGUUGCGAUGGGCCUUCCAAAAAUGCUGCUCAGCCAAUCAGUUGUGGAAGAGGAGAGAUGCUUGAUGGAGAUGUUGAAUGUGAUCGGAAGGAAACCGCUUGUGCAGAAUUAAUUGAAAGGGAUAACGUCGCAUAUGAUUGUCCAGAGCAGAACAAAUCAAACGAGAACAGUGUUGUGAGUGGUGGAGCAGUGCAGGUUCCCAACAACUCUGGGGCAACGGAUGUUCAGAGGACAUUUGUACAGAUCAGAAGAUUCAAUCUGGCAGAAAUGGAUGCAUAUACUGGAACAACUAAUGGUGAUUUAGCAGAUUUAGCCGUUUCUGGUUUACAGGACAUCAGAAGCACAUGUAGAGCUGGUAUUAGAAAUGAACAAAAUGAAAUGAUAGUCCCUCAUUGUGCGCAUAGUGAGAAAUUGGGCAAUGACCCUGCUGGAGAUGGGAGAGCAGUUGAAAAAUACACAGAAGCAGAAGGUCAACAGAUAUCUGAGGACUUCACUGCUCCCAAGUAUUGUGCCAAACAAUCUUGCAUCAAAAAUAUUAUUAAAGAAAAUGAUUGUACGGUUGGUAGAACAGCUGCAGAGAGAUCUCGAGUGGCUGAUUGUGUUGGUACUGAGUCUAGCAGCAUAGCAGAUGCAUCCAGGGUCCUGUUUCAGAAUGAGACCAAUGAUACAAGGGGUGAAGCAGAACAGGCCAAGCAAGAGAACUCCAGAGAAGCUCAAACAUUUUUAAUGGAAAACAGGGACUAUCAAACUCUUCAUCUGGAGGUGGUGCAAAGCAUACAGACAGACUCACAUCAGACACAAUCAAAGAGUGGAUAUGAAUCUCACCAGAAAAGAGAAUUGAUUCAAAAGAGUAAUCCAGAUCGUGAAAUUGAAGGCAAAAUGGGUAAUACUUUAAAACACCACAUAAUUGAAACUCUAGAUCUUAAUAAUUUGCUGUUCAAAGUGGUUGACUGUAGCGCAGAUGGGCGAGAGAACACAGAAACUGUAAGUGCUUCUCCGAGAGAAGUUGUCACUAAUAUCAACAAAUUUGUGGAGGCAAUGAAUGAAAACUAUGAUGACGUCAAAGACUCAGCUAAAAGUAAAAACGUGCAGGAGACCAGAGGUGGUGCUGAGCAAAGUGGAUGUCUUUCCCUAAUUCACAAUGAUGGAAGAACCGAAGUGACAUCUCAGGCAGGGGAAAGAUCAAUAACAUGUGUGAGGACUGAUAACAAAUCCAAGCCAAAUCAUUCUCACCAAAUGCCACCCCUGAGGUCUGGUGAUGAUACUAAAAUUACUGAUAAAAUAAUGGACAUACAUGUGGCCAAACCUCAAUUAAACAAGGACAUUCCGUGUGAAGAAAAAAUGCAGAGUUUCAGCAGGACUGAAACUGGACAUUCCAGAAAUCCUUGCAAAAUUAGUGGAACCUGCACGCUCGUCAAUCAGGAAAUACUUAACUGCCAGGUUUCUCAAGGCACGGCACAGAGAAGUGAAUUGAAACAUAUAGAUGUGCGCGCACAGUCCCAGCAUCUGCAACAGAAAGGUGCCACAGGCGCAGGAGAUAAAUUUGAACAUGAAACAGAGGAGCAUUCCUCUUCAAAGAUUCACAAAUCUGUUAAAUCAAUGAAUUCUAAUGACGAAGAACACAAUUUAACCUCAGAGGAAUUAAUGGUGGUAAAAAGAUCUGAGACAUUUCAAAAGGUGGAAAAGUUUGACUCGAUUCUGUGUCAAGAGAUUACUGACCAGUGUGAAGCCAGUUUAGCGGCUGCACUGUGGGAUAAGGCUGAUCAUUCAUUAGGAGGUCAGGAGCAUUUACAAGUGGCAGGAAUAGAGAAGUGUGGAACCAUGGAUUCAGGAGCAUCCCCGGGUAAUGGUACACCAGGUGGUGCUGGUGCUGAUUGCAAUGUAAACAAUGUGACCUGCAGUCAGCAUUUUGAACGAUUUCCUUUGAAGAGCCAUGGAUUGUCUACAAAAGCCAUUCUUCAGCCAGAGCUGGCUGACAGCAGAGCAAUAACUGAUGGUUGCGUGUGUUCCAAGGGCAAUGUUUUACUGCAGCACAGUGAACAGAGUUCAUCACAGCCAACAGCACAAACCUACAACAAAGCUGCUUACCAGCCAAGCAAGCAUGCAGUUGAAGGGGAGGGUACAAAUAGUGGUGUGGUGGCACCGCAGUCUUGUCUUGGCCCAGAGGUGACUGGAGGAGAUCGCCAUGUUUACCAACCCACCAGCAGCACAGAAGAGUGUUCAACACCUGCGGGUUGGGAUGAUGCGCAGCCAAAUCAGGGGAUAGUGUUAAAAGAGGUGAUAGGUAAAUGUGUGAUGUGGUGCCACCCCGAUGGAAUGCAUGCUUCUGAUGCGACUGAUUUUCAGGCUCAGCAACAGACAACAAAAUGGUUUGCUAACUCGAAUCAGGCCAUGUUUAGUCCACAACCGUUGAGGCAGACUGGAACUGAGAAGCUUGUACAUGCAAAGCAGAAGCCUCCUGCUAAAAAUACAACUUGUACAUGUGAAAAUAUUACAAAUUCAGAUACUGUAGAUGCCAUGACAUUUCUCAAUAUUUGCAAAGAACCCAUCAUUUUACACGAUCAGAACGCAGGUAAUUUAGCAGCUGGCUUUAAUAUUGAUCCACUUUCACUGAUUUUCAAAGGUGCCUUGGAAACUGAUGACACUGCUGUCAAACAAAACGCACCGACGGCGGGCAACUUACUACCAUGGAGUCAAGUGUUGCAAAAUCAAACUGAAUUUCAUAAAGGUUCUUUGCAAGGUUGGGGAGGAAAUCUAGUUUCUGAGAAAUCUCAAGCAGCUCCAGGUUCAUGUACUCAUCAGCGUGAAGAGUUGGAUGUGAGCAAGUAUCCAUCGUCCAGAGCAGUCUCAUUGAAAGAUGAAGACAAGCAGAGCCCAAAUAAACAGAGCUUUCAUGUCCACAAAGCAACAAGUGAAACUUCCUCAAUACAUGAUGACAGUAAAGCUGCCAUUGUGCCUAGCUUGGCUAGAUUAAGCUCCUUAGAAAGUAGGGUGGAUGUUGAGCUGCUAAAUACCCACCCUGUGACAAAGAAGCAGGUUCUCGAUCAGCAUGGACAUCAGCCAUUUGUCCAACAGCAACCUGCAAGCACUGCUGGUCCCCCAGCAUCUAAUCCACGAAAGGCAGAAAUAAAAUGCCUUGAUGUCCAGUUCUCUAAUGGUGACUUAAUAAAUACAUCCAUUCUGCAAAGUUCCAUGAGAUCAUAUGGUCGGCAUAAACAGGCGGAGUUGCAUUGCAGAAGGGAAGAGGAUAACUCAGUGUGUUUGACUGAGAGAGAUCCUGUUGGGUCGGAGCUGACUGACUAUUGUCCAAACUUGUGUGCCAUGUCGGAAGGUCCAUUGGCCAUUCAUUCAGUUAAAUAUGGAGAAAAGUCUAUGGUGGCUGAAUUUAUGGCCCUAUCUCAAACCAUCAGCUGCAUUGAAAACUACAAUGAUAAAGGGAUACUUGACUCAAAAAAUGAAGAUUUAAUUAGGAAGGUAGGAAGUGCCUUUAAAGAUUGUGAAGAAGUACAAGCAAUGAUGAAGAAAGAACGAUCUAAUUUUAAGGAGGUGUCUUCUGCUGCAGAUUCCCAUGAUAAAGAUCAAGGACUCUUAACUGAUGUAAAUGAGGAAAGCAAGUCAAAUUUUGGCACCAAGACACACAAGGACAGAUGUAUAAUGUUGACUCCCUGUGUCCAUGAAAACCUUGAACAAGAAAAGCCGGUACUGUUGCAACAUAGUCAGGAUUAUAAAACCCCAGAACCUGAACUUAGAACUGAACCUAUAUUGCAAAAAAAGGAUCUGAACAAUGCCUGUAUUACCCUUGAAGUCACUAAAACAGACAACAAAAUGUGUUCUCAACUUGAUGAUCCACUGGUCACCCAGGCAGAUUGCAGUGGGUUGAGUGCUGAUGUAUAUGAACGGGAUGCAGAUUCAUUCGUCGAGUGCAAACAGAUUGCAGGGUUGGGCUCACAGUCUCAUGAAAGCAAUAAAUGUACAGUAACGGAUGGAACUUGUCAUUCUGCGGAUUCCUCAGUGAUUUCAGAUUCUUGUCACAGUGCUUGUUCGGGAUGGUCUUCAGUAACUCAAGUCAAUGAGCUUGAUCCUGAAGAAGCUGGGUCUUCUGCUUCAUCAGAGUUAUUCGAUGGUUCAGACACGAGGUGUGCCACACAAAUGAUGGGUGGGUCAAAGAAGAAAUCUCAUAAGCUUAAAAGAGUAAAACCAAAGCCAAAUGUAGAUGAAACUAAGGAUUCAUCAAGUUCAGGUGAAGAAAUUGACAUUGAAUUCCUUUCACUUAACAAGCUCAGGAACAGACACUGCAGGAGAGGUCUCAAUAAAUCACUCUUGAAUGUCUGCAGAUGCAACGAUUCAAUGAAUAUCGAUCAUGUUAAUGCUGGAAACUGUCUAUUAAGCUUUAAAACAGAGACCAGGGCAUCACUAUUGAGGCAGAAAUUCACGGCACCAGUUCUCCAAGUGUCUUCAUCCAGUGUUAAUCUUGUAAUGGAAGAUUCUAGUGAACACUGCCUUAAUCCAGUAUUAAUUGCUAAACCUUCAGAUGGAUUAACCCCAAGAGCUGCUUCAUGUGAAACUAUGUAUCAAGCAAAGGAUGUGGACAUAAAACAUGAUGAAUCCGAGCAGAGAUGUUGGCAUCGGAUUGUUGGCGAGAGUGUUUCAAGGGGUGCAGAUUCACAUGGGGCGGCUUGCACUGAAACAUAUAAUUCCCCAGUCACUUUACUUUGUAAUCAAGGCCAAAUAAUCCAGUCAGACAAGCAGCUAAAUGAUGACUGCACCUCACUAACUAUUGAUAAUGGUCUAUACAACGUUCCUGAAGGAAAACUCAAAGCCCAGGAAUUAUCAGAGAAGGAGCUGAACUUCAGUGAAGAAAACCAUCCAUUGCACUUUACUAACAUCCAUCAACAAUGCAACAGGUCAGGCGGAGCCUGUUGGAUGCAGUGUACGUUGGGAAACGCGAGCAGUGUGCGUUGGGUUCAGCCGGCAGUAAGUCUGAAUAAUGUGAGAUGUCCCAGUGACAACAAUGUUGAAAGUUCCCACUGUAAUUCGCAUUACUGUGCCAAUGUAAGAACAAUGUGCAGUACAUUAAACAACAUGGAUGAGUCCCGAGAGGGGGGUUUGGCAACUAUGUACCCUGAGAGUGAAGACCUUGAUGGAGAUAGCUGUGCAAUGCCAUGUAGCCCACCAAUGGCACCUUCAUUCAGCCAGGUGUCACAGUUUCCAAGUUCUAAUUCUGAAGUGGGAAACAUAAGAUUGCAAGUUGAUGAAACCUCGUUCCUCCACCCAAGAGACGUGGAAUCUUGUGUAAAGUCGUUCUCUAAUGCGCCUGCACAACUCUCCCACAACAAAGAAACACAAACAUCAGAUGAAAUGAGACCCCAGAAGCUGUCGAGACUUCAGAGGGACCACAUCCAAACUCCGACACAGUCAGAUAUGGGUCAACGAUUUCAGCCAAGGAUGGAGAAAAUUUCUGUCCAUCGUUCAAAGUUUUGCCAUAACACUGCAGAGCAAGUGGGAAAUAGCCACACAAACAAGGACCAUACGGAUGCGGAUUUACCCACCAACAAAAACACCAGUAAAUUGGGAGCGGUCAGAAUGGUGGAUGGAUAUACACAGACAGCAAUUGAUGCAGCCACUCAGACAGAAAUUAUAGACAAAUACAGCCAUGAAAUUCAAAGCCAAGAAGUGCAGAGGCCUCCAGAAGUGAAUGUCAUUGUAAAAGUCAUUGGUUCAGAUGUCAAUGUAAGUCAUGAACGCACCAACCUGACAUUAGUAUUACAGGAACAAAAGCAGAACGGUAGUGCGCCAGACAUCCAUGCCCAUCACACUGCUCUGAGCCAAUCAGUUUGUUGUUCUUCUCCCUCAGAAAAUGACAAUCCAUCUUUUAGGACCUCAAGUCCUGCCUUGCCAACUUCGCAGAAAUUGAUAGCAGGCUCUUCACAUAUUGUUUUGUCCAGCCCAGGUUUGUCACCAAUUACAGCAUCUUCACAGAUAUCAACACACAGUGACCAAGCACAGGGCACAAGCAUCGGCACUUUGGAAAGCACAUCAGAGUGUUCAAAGGUGGAAACAAUUGACCCCAUACACUCUGAGGACAGAGACGUGAAACAAUUUGCUCAAGAUCUUGAAGCUGAAGUGUCUACUAAUGUAACUCCAGCUGUCCUAGUGGAUCGAGCGUCAUCUCCUAUUAAAACAGUGGAAGCUGGGCUGGGUAACUACCGAUCUCGCAGCAAGUCCGUUCUCUGCCCUCAAGGGGAAGGGGCUUUUGCCGUACAAUGCAUUGGCUAUGGGCGUAAAAAGCCAAGACCAGCAUCUUGGUUUGGCUUUAACGAGAAACAGCAAAGCAAGAUUUGCUUCACGGAAAUCAAACCCGUAGCUGAACAAAUAUUGGAAAUAAAUAACAAAGGUCCCAAGGUUCAUUCAAAUGAAUGGAGUAAAUCUACAACACAGAGUUUGAAAAAGUCAUUUAAACUAAUAAAUAAAACGGAUCUCCAGAGAGAUCUUCACACUGAAGUGUCCCCUGUGGGCACUGCAGCAGCAGAAUCCUCCAAAGGUCAUUGUGUGAACAUUUCCAGUGUUGCGGGCUACUACGAUUGGCAGAGUGCAAAGGAAUCGACAGGACACGUUUUUAAAGAGUCACCAACUUGUACAGAGGGAAUUGGACCACACUUGGCAUUUCAAAAGGUUCGGGCACUCUGUACUUCAAACCCAGGAGGAAGAAGGCAGAUGAAUGCUUUCACUUUUCAGCCAUCUUGCCAGAGUAAUCCGUUGGCUUCCCUUCCUCCUGCUCAAAUCAAUGAUAAAACAGUGUGGCCAUCUAGAAGAAUAUUUCACCGAUCUCCCAGUGCGCCUUCCAGUCAACAUGAUCCUUUGUCCAAAGAUGGGGUCAACUUUAAGGGAAAAAAGGCCAGCAAGUUAUACAGCCAAAUAAGGUGUGACUCCAUGAAUCAUGAUAUUUCUGAGAGAGGGACCUCUAUAAUGAGUAAAGUAACAAAUGAAUGUAGCAUUGAAGAUGCCCGAUCCAUGAUUUCAAGUGAAUGCAACACAGAUUUGCUGCUGAAUGAGUUUCCUUCCAUAACUAGUUGUAACAGUUCACAAGCAUCUGAUUCUAGAAUCCAGGCAGUGAGCUGUAGGGGUCCAGAGGACUUACCUUGGCACAACAAGUUCCAAAACUGGUCAGGAGUUCAUUAUCACCCUCCAUCAGUGGCAAGCCUGAUGAGCACAGUCACCGGCAGUUCACACCGGCAGACUGAGCAAGAGCAAAAGCAAGGCGGCAGUGACAUGACAGAAACAACGGGCCUCAAGCCAGGAGAUUGCGAGGGAAGGCGGAAGGAAAUUGAAAGCUUGCGCCAAGAACGUGCUCAGAUCCUGUUGGGAUUAAACCUGGAAUUAAACCAGCACCAGUUGACGGUAGAGCUUGCCGAAGCAAAGCUGAACUACGGCCUGGGGGAAACGGAUGCUUUGUUAAGGAUACUCCAGAGUGGAACAGCAGAGGACCAGAACGUUUGCAUCAGGCAGCAACUUUAUGACAGACACAUGAAAACCAUAAAACUCCUGAGGCAGGAGAGAGAUGUGAAGAUGCAGAAGUUCAGGAGGACCCGUAGCCUGAGUCCACAGAAACACUUUGCCUUGCAUCACCAAAAACAUCCAGCCGCAUUGAAUCAUGAACAAGAUCUGCCGAGCAAACGGCGGACGUAUCUCCAGCGGUUACGUCAGGACAUGGUGGAGAAUACACGGACUCGUGCAGUCGCGAAGGCCCCGCUGGAAACUCCUUCUGAGAUAGAGUCUCUGCUUAGAGAUUAUCAGAAGGCUCGUGAGGAAACAAAAGCAGAAAUAGCAAAGGCAAGAGAUAAAUUGCGUGCGAGGGCUGAGAAGGAGAAAUGCCGUUUACAGCAGGAAAUGAUCCUACAAUUGUUGAAGGAGCAAGAGCGGAUGAGGAAGUUGGCCAACAGAAGCAGUUUGCGCACCGGCUCAAAUCUCAGCCUCUCGUCCAAUCCCACAUCUGGUUACAGCAGCAGUACCACGGCUUCCCCUGACAUCAACCCCCAGACCAAGCAGAGCAAAAGCCGUGCAGAUCCUGGGAUGGCCAGCAACAGGUGCACAGCUUGUGGCAACUCACAGUUUAAAGACACUGAAGUCACUCAACAUGCUUCCUGUCCACUUGCGCUCUCAAUUGCAGGAAAAAUAACAAGCAGCUGUCACCAUAGUUCAACCUUUCUCAAAAAGUAUCAAGAUUUGGCUAUUCUGACUGUAGCUUCUUUAACAGCAGAGAUCACAAGUGCAUCUGUGAACCAUCCUGGACACCACCUCACUGGUGAAGCAGCAGCUGGCUGGAGAUACAAUGGCAUGGAAAAAGAUGUCCUGAUGUUUUAUAAGCGGUACCUUUCCUCCACCAAGCAUGGCUUUAUGGGAGUUGGCGUGAUUGAGAAGCCAUUGGACACUGUGUGGCGUUUGGUGAAGGAUAACAGCAAGAGGCAGCUCUAUGACGAGGCAUUAAAAACGGUGAAAAUACACCAACAACUGGGACACGGCAUUGAGCUCGUUUACCUUGUGAUUGACACCUGCCGUCUCAACCAGCCCAGGGACUUCUGCUGCAUCAGUGUGGAGGCUAAAAAGAAUAAGCAGUACAUUUUGGCGAUGCAAUCCAUCUAUGAGGAAUCAAUGCCUCGACCUGUGAAGGAGAUGGUACGAGGUGAAAUGCUGCCCAGUGGCUGGAUCCUGCAGCAUGACAACCACAAUGGGAAAGAGAUAACAAGACUUAUCUACCUGACUCAGGUUGAUCUUGGUGCUCCUGCUCUUCCUCCCAACCUGUUGGAGUCACUCGCCAAGCAGCAGCCUUUGUGUAUUGCCAACCUAACCUGCUUACUCUCCUGCUGACAUGGUUAUAAAGAUCAGUGCCACACCCAGUGAAGGAUGGAGCAGAGCAGCUGAUUUGAACCAGAACACAGUUACCUAUCUGGCUGAGGUCAGGUCAUACAGUGGUAAUAUAAACAUCUUGAGCAAGUUAAAACUAGGAUAUUUCUGCAUUAUUGCAAACCUCUCAAAGAUAAAUACAUCACUUUCCAAUGGACGUUGAGCUACUUCUCAGCAAGUUAACUACGAGCUGUUCUAUGUUUUUUAAGUAAAAUGUACAGUUUAAAUUUUUAUUUUUGUAUGCAAAAAUCAAAGGUCCAAAUUGAACUUUAUUUAUAAACUGGGUGAAGCCUUUUAUAUGAAACAUUUUAUAUACAAUUAUUUCUAUAAUAAUUAGUUUAUAUUGGAUUUUCAAACAAAAAUAAGCAUUAAAUAUUUUGUGAAUAUUA